AUGGGACCAACUGGGCCAUCGCCGAGGGCAUCUCUUGGGCCAACACUGCAGUGCUCCUGGAGGCCCGCUUCGCUUACACUGGGCACCAUUGGAGCCGUACGUUCUGCGGGGCUCGGCGGCCUUGUUCUCUCGGAGGUCCUCCGACGGCUGCCUGAAGGCCUGGCUCGUUCUACUUACCACGCCGCUGGCCGCGUCAAUGCGGGCAAUGACUUUGUCGCCGCCGAGUGCGCCAGCAACUUUUUGUCAUGUGAGCGGCCGCCCGCUCAUUCGGGCGCAGCUUGUCACUCAAGGGCGCAACGCCCAAUAUUCAUCCAGCUAGAGCUUGCCGGACGUUCUGGUGCGCAUCCCGGGGAGGGCGCCCGUCUGAUGUUCUGCCUGCGGCGGCCGACGGAGAGCCUCACGUUGUCGAGGGACGUGCUCCCCGGCCUGGGCCCGACUGUAUGGCGGCACGCGGCGCGGGCCAGAAGCGCCGUCGAGCCGCCCCCUUCGGGCAGGCGCCCGACGGCGGAAGCCUCCGCUCACGGUCCGCGCCUCGCCCUCCCAGGAGCACGGGGGGAGGAGUGGAGUGAGGGGCGCAGAUUCUCUUCAGAAUUCGAUGGCCCUGCCGCAGGCACGGUGGCGGAUCUCGUCCACACGCCCGCCUCGUCAGACGUGGGAGGACGUUCGCGCGGCGAUGGUCUGGCGUGA